UCCUGCUUCCCCAGUCUCCUCCCAAAACCCUAGUCCUGGUGCCCUGAACAGCCGUCUGCAGCAUCAACCAUGCCGCCGAAGUUCGAUCCCACCCAGGUGGUGGACGUCUACGUCCGUGUUACCGGAGGAGAAGUGGGUGCUGCCAGUUCUCUUGCUCCCAAGAUUGGUCCCUUGGGUCUUUCCCCCAAGAAGAUCGGAGAAGACAUUGCCAAGGAGACUGCAAAGGAUUGGAAGGGUCUCCGCGUCACUGUCAAGCUUACUGUUCAAAACAGACAGGCUAAGGUCACGGUGGUUCCAUCUGCCGCCGCACUUGUUAUCAAAGCACUCAAGGAGCCGGAGAGGGAUCGCAAGAAGACCAAGAACAUCAAGCACAAUGGAAACAUUAGUCUUGAUGAUGUCGUCGAGAUCGCCAAGGUCAUGCGGCCCAGAUCCAUGGCUAAAGAUUUGCAGGGUACCGUGAAGGAGAUUCUGGGCACUUGUGUUUCUGUUGGGUGCACCGUCGACGGGAAGGACCCAAAAGAUCUCCAGCAGGAAAUUACAGAUGGUGAUGUUGAGAUACCCGAAUGAAGUGAGGAAUUUCUUUUCUCUUUGUUACUAAGUUAGUAGUUUUGUGUUUUCAAUUCAGUUUUGGAUAUUUGUGAUGAGGAUAUUAUUAUGCUUUAAAGCAAGUCUCCAAGCUAUGGAUUUUGGAACAAAUUGAUGAAAUGUGGAAGAUUUAAGCUUUACUUUCAUGUUAGAGUUUCUGCUCUCUUGAUAACGAUGGAACGUCUAUCAGAUGUUAAUCAGUAAAUGUGGUUCCUAGUGAUGCUUUCAAUUUGCUAUUUCGGGUUGUUUCCUGUGCUGAAUUGUUGAAAUGGUAAUAGAAUUUUAGAAUUUUA